ACACUCCAUUGAAAGAGUAAUGUAGAGCUUCUCUCUCUCUCUCUCUCUCUCUCUCUCUCUCUCUCUCGUUGUCUUAAUAUUUUCAACUCUCUCUCUCUCUCUCUAGAGGGUGAACUCUGUGUGUUGUGGAGAGGGAAAACAAAUGGGUUGUUUAUUCUGCUCUGAUAAAUCCAAGAAGAAACCUAAAUUUCAGCAGAACAAGAAGCCAGAAGAUCAGAUCUCAUCAGCUCCAGAUAAAUCUAAGGUUAAUUCUGGUGUGGGGUUAAAUAAAGAAGCUUUGAAAGAUGGAGGAUCUACACACAUUGCAGCACACACAUUUACAUUUCGUGAAUUAGCAGCUGCAGCCAAGAACUUUAGAGCAGAUUGUCUUUUGGGUGAAGGUGGGUUUGGUAGAGUAUAUAGAGGCCGAUUAGAGAGCACCAACCAGGUUGUGGCGAUCAAACAACUUGAUCGUAAUGGCUUACAAGGAAACAGAGAGUUUCUUGUUGAAGUGUUGAUGUUAAGCCUCCUUCACCACCCUAAUUUAGUCAACUUAAUUGGAUAUUGUGCUGAUGGCGAUCAAAGACUUUUGGUAUACGAAUACAUGCCACUUGGAUCAUUAGAAGACCAUCUACAUGAUCUACCUCCUGAUAAACAACAACUUGACUGGAACACACGGAUGAAAAUAGCUGCGGGGGCCGCAAAAGGGUUGGAAUAUCUACACGAUAAAGCUAGCCCUCCGGUUAUAUACCGUGACCUAAAAUGCUCAAACAUUUUGCUUGAUCAAGAUUAUAACCCAAAAUUGUCUGAUUUUGGGUUAGCAAAAUUGGGACCCGUGGGUGACAAGACCCACGUGUCCACCCGUGUCAUGGGAACAUACGGGUAUUGUGCUCCCGAAUACGCCAUGACAGGUCAGCUCACCCCCAAAUCAGAUGUCUACAGUUUUGGAGUCGUUCUUCUUGAAAUUAUUACAGGCAGAAAAGCAAUCGAUCACGCCAAAACCGGUUGUGAACAUAAUCUCGUUGCUUGGGCACGGCCUUUAUUUAAAGACAGGAGGAAAUUCGGGCAGAUGGCUGACCCGAUGCUUGAAGGGCAGUACCCUGUAAGAGGAUUGUACCAGGCACUUGCUGUGGCUGCAAUGUGUGUACAGGAACAGCCUACCAUGAGGCCAGUCAUUGCUGAUGUGGUCACCGCUUUGACUUAUCUUGCUUCACAAAGAUAUGACCCGCGGGCCCGCUCCCGGUCCCGGUCCCAGUCCCAAUCCCAGUCUGGCUCUUCCACCCCGAGAACACAACGAAACAGUGAUGCUGCCAAUGCCUUGAGGUGAUGAAAGAUUGAUUCAUGCUUUUUGCUAACGGGAAAAUAUGAGUCUUUUGUGUUUAUUCUUUUCAACUUUGUUUAUUUCUGUCCCACUAUAUUCUUUUCUUUUUUUACUUGAAUUUUUCGUGUUUUAUUUAUUAUUAAAGGAUUGGAGAUUCUUGUAAUUAGUUAGCUCUAUAUAAAAGAUUAGCGGUCAAUCUGGUUUU